AUGGCCAACGCACGCGAUAUCAAGAAGCGGAUCAAGGCGGUCGGGAACAUCAAGCGCAUCACGAAGACGAUGCAGAUGAUCGCGACCAGCAAGUUCGCCCGGGCCCAAUCGAAGGCCACGGCUGCCAAACCCUUUACGGAGGGUGUGUACGAGCUCGUGCGCGAGCUGGCGGCGAAGGCGGGCAACGUCUCGCACCCGCUCAUCGAGGGGCCGGCUGGUGGUCCGAAGGGCGAGCACCUGGUGCUCGUGCUCACGUCGGACCGCGGGCUGUGCGGGCCGUACAACGGCUCGAUCAUCCGGAUGUCGCUCAAGCACAUCCGCGAGCUUGGGGACGAGGCUCGGGUUGAGGUCUCGGGGCGGAAGGGCGCUUCGACGCUGAAGUUCAACAAGAUCCCGAUCGCGGACCAGCACACGAUCUUCGGGGACAACCCCCGGUACGAGGACGUCGAGAAGCUUGCGCAGAAAUACAUGGACAUGUUCAUGCGCGGCGAGGUGGCGUCGGUUUCGGUGGCGUACAUGCGGUUCAUCAGCACGUCGCGUCAGUCGGCGGAGAUCCGCCCGCUGCUGCCGCUGAAGCCGCCGGCGGUCGAGGGUGACGUCAACGAGGGUUCGGGGACGAAGGUGGAUUACGAGUUCACGCCGAGCGCGGAGGAGCUGCUCGCGGAGAUCCUCCCGCUGACGGUCAAGACGACGCUGCUGCAGUGCUUCAACGACGCGAUCGUGUCGGAGCACGUGGCGCGGAUGGUGGCGAUGAAGGCGGCGACGGACAACGCCGGGAAGAUGGGCAAGAGCCUGACCCGGAAGUACAACCGCGCUCGCCAGGCGCAGAUCACGACGGAGCUGACCGAGAUCAUCUCGGGUGCCGCGGCGCUCGAAUAG